AAGACUCUUUCUUCUUCUGGUGCCUAAACCGAAAAUGAUGAUCGGAGAAAAUAGCCGGCCACAUCCAACGAUCCAUAUCCCUCCGUGGGAUCCGAUCAACGAUCCAACGGCCACAAUUUCAUCACCAUUCUCUUCCGUUAACUUUCACGACUAUCCACACUCUCUCGACUCUUUCGCUUCUCUUUACCGUUACCUUCCAUCCAACGAGUUCGCGAACGAUUCCGACUCAUCAAGCGGCGAUGAGUCACUCUCACUCUCAUUCGCUGACUCGUUCGCGUGCGAUGAGUUUCGCAUGUACGAGUUCAAAGUACGGCGAUGCUCUCGAGGCCGAUCUCACGACUGGACGGAGUGUCCGUUUGCGCAUCCCGGAGAGAAAGCUCGGAGACGCGAUCCGACGAAGUAUCAUUACUCAGGUACGGCUUGUCCUGAGUUUCGUAGAGGGAGUUGUAGAAGAGGUGACUCGUGUGAGUUCGCUCAUGGUGUUUUCGAGUGUUGGCUACAUCCCGCUCGUUAUCGGACUCAGCCUUGUAAAGAUGGGACGAGUUGCCGGAGAAGAAUCUGUUUCUUUGCUCAUACGCCGGAGCAGUUACGCUUUUUGGCGAACUCAGCAGAGCCAGAUCUUGGAUUAUCAUCGAUUCGUAACCACUUUUCGAAAUCAGCGACGGCUACUUCUCCUACAUCGAUCUUAAUCUCUCCUCCGUUUUCUCCACAAUCGGAAUCUCCGCCGCUUUCUCCGAGCACCGGUGAACUUAUUGCGUCUAUGCGGAAAAUGCAAUUGAACGGAGGAUGUUCAUUGAGCUCACCGCUAGGGUUACCUCACCGGUCGAGUCUGACUCAGGGAAGGACAUGGCCGCGGAUAAGAGAGUUCGAGAUCUGGGACAAUGCAUGUGAAGAAGAAGUUCCGGCGAUGAAACUGGUGGAAUCUGGGAAAGAACUGAGAGCGAGGAUGUAUGCGAGGCUCAGCAGAGAAAACUCGCUCGGGUGAGUCGACUCGGUUCUAUCAACUGAGGCAUUAAUACGAUUUGUGAAUAUUGAUGUGUAGAUAAAGUGACGCAACUACGGAUGAUGAUGAAGAAGAAAAGCGUUUAGGAACAAAAAAAUUGUAAAGCUAUGGAUAAUGCGAGGUUAAUUUUGGGAUUUCUGCAAGUUUUUUUAACAUGUUCGUAUUUUGUUUAUUUGAUUUACAAUCGUUUUUCUUUGUUGUUUACUAAUGUUAUAUCUUUGUAAUUACUUCUCAAAUGGAUUUGGAUUUUUAUCUUUGUUGAAGAAAAGAAUAUUCAAGUU